ACGCGCCUGGGCUCGGCUACAAAAGGAGACUGCUGCGGCGCGCCGGCCGGAACUUUCCAGAACGCUCGGUGAAAGGCGGAGGAGUGGCGGCUGCCCGAGCUGCGCACAGCAACGCGCUCCUUCCCGCUCCCCCACACCGGCAUCGGCCCGCUCACCGGCUGUAGAAAAUGGUGAAAGAAACCACUUACUAUGAUGUUUUGGGGGUUAAACCCAAUGCCACCCAAGAAGAAUUGAAAAAGGCUUACAGGAAACUGGCCUUGAAGUACCACCCUGAUAAGAAUCCAAAUGAAGGCGAGAAGUUUAAACAGAUUUCUCAAGCUUACGAAGUGCUCUCUGAUGCAAAGAAAAGGGAAUUAUAUGACAAAGGAGGAGAACAGGCAAUUAAAGAAGGUGGAGCAGGUGGUGGUUUUGGCUCCCCCAUGGACAUCUUUGAUAUGUUUUUUGGAGGAGGAGGCAGGAUGCAGAGAGAGAGGAGAGGUAAAAACGUUGUCCAUCAACUUACAGUAACUUUAGAAGAUUUAUAUAAUGGUGCAACAAGAAAACUAGCUCUGCAAAAGAAUGUGAUUUGUGACAAAUGUGAAGGCCGAGGUGGUAAAAAAGGAGCGGUAGAAUGCUGUCCCAAUUGCCGAGGUACUGGAAUGCAAAUAAGAAUUCAUCAGAUAGGACCUGGAAUGGUUCAACAAAUUCAGUCUGUCUGCAUGGAGUGCCAGGGCCAUGGUGAGCGGAUCAGUCCUAAAGAUAGAUGUAAAAGCUGCAAUGGAAGGAAGAUAGUUCGAGAAAAGAAAAUUCUAGAAGUUCAUAUUGACAAAGGCAUGAAAGAUGGCCAGAAGAUAACAUUCCAUGGUGAAGGAGACCAAGAACCAGGACUGGAGCCAGGAGAUAUUAUCAUUGUUUUAGAUCAGAAGGACCAUGCUGUUUUUACUCGACGAGGAGAAGACCUUUUCAUGUGUAUGGACAUACAGCUGGUUGAGGCGUUGUGUGGCUUCCAGAAGCCAAUAUCUACUCUUGACAACCGAACCAUAGUCAUCACUUCUCAUCCAGGUCAGAUUGUCAAGCAUGGAGAUAUCAAGUGUGUGCUAAAUGAAGGCAUGCCAAUUUAUCGUAGGCCAUACGAAAAGGGUCGCCUAAUCAUUGAAUUUAAGGUAAACUUUCCUGAGAAUGGCUUUCUCUCUCCUGAUAAACUCUCUUUGCUGGAAAAACUUCUGCCUGAGAGGAAGGAAGUAGAAGAGACUGAUGAAAUGGACCAGGUAGAAUUAGUGGACUUUGAUCCAAAUCAGGAAAGACGGCGCCAUUACAAUGGAGAAGCAUAUGAGGAUGAUGAACAUCAUCCUCGGGGUGGUGUACAGUGUCAGACCUCUUAGUAGGGCCUGUGAAUAACACUCACUGCUGGUGUUUUAUUUGCAGUAGUGAUUGAGUGAAGGACUAUAAUCAUAUGCUCACUACUUGCUUUUGUUUUAAUAUUCAACUAUAGUAGUGUUUAAAAGUUAAAUGAAGAAUAAACUCAAAUAUAAAAGCUC